AUGGAACGGUUGAAGGGAGGAUGCAUGUCUUUGCAAGCCUAUCUACUCCUACCUAUUUGCCUCAGGACCUCCUGCACGUUACGAGUAGUAUGGACCCGCCGGACGCCAAGCGUCAGAGGCUGGAUGUGGCUGCAUCACAAAGCAGCACGUCGACGGUCGGCCAUCCUGUCGUCACCACAUAAGCAGGCUGCUGCGUGUAAACAGCGCGCUGACGCCAUCCGCUAUGGCAGUUUCGUCGCGGGCAUCAACACAGCCGGCCAGGGAAUAGUCAUAGUGCAGAUCGACGAGCUUAUCCUCGGCAGCUUGGAGACCAGCCACGCAUUCGGCCACCGUGUCACGUUUGAGAACGUGGAUCCAGCUUCGCUGCCACAUUUCAUCACUUGUCGGUUCGCUGGGGUGACGAGCGGUCAGCUCACUUGGGACGGUGUGUUGGACUACACGCUGGCAGCUCGCGACGGGGCGGCUCUGAGGCGCCUGAUCGAGUCGCACUACCUGGACCACUUGCUCAAAUCGCAGGAUACCGUGGAUAGGGUGGAGAAGGUGGCCAUCGCCAACAACGACCCGCUGCUCAUGGUGAUGUUGUACGACCACACUUCCAUAGAAAUGGACCUGCGAGUACUGGCAUUUCUCGUACAUUCCUGGGCCGUACAGCCUCUCAGCGGGCGCGCCACCGCAGGUGCGGGGUCCGGCGGCGGCGGCGGUGGCGGCGGCAGCAGCGCCUUUGGCGGCACAUCAACCUGGGACUCCGCCUUCAGCACGCGAGACGACGACCUUCCGGACUUCUUCGAUGGCGCAGAUCCGAGUGUGAAUUUAGCUGCCAGGAUUGAGGAGUUCCUGGUGAAGUACGUGCUGCAGCGCCGUAACCCCCUGAGUGCUACUGCCGCCAUUAUUCGAGCUAUAGAGGUGGGAAGGGGGCUGGCAGGGGUGGUGUAUGCCGAUGUUCGCAACAUCCGUCUUAUCGAGCGCAUUCUUCAACCUGUGGAGCUACCCAACACCGUCAACGAGGUGUCUCCACUGCAGGUCGCGUUUGACUCGUGCGAUUUGAAGUUUAUGACUGAGAGCCUGGUGGAGUUGUACGUCAAGGUUCAGUGGCUGGGCGGGGAGCUGCUGGCGCUCACCAGCCACGAAGACCCUCGGAGCCUGGGAGCCACCAACCCGCUACUGGCGUAUGGAGUGCUCAAGAGCAUGGGUUUUGCGGGCAAGGGCACGAUGGACUUUCUGGUCAUGGCCGCCAGCCGCCUGUGGCACAUGUACGUGUUCGCAUCCAGCGCAUUCUUCGACUCGCCACGCGGGAGGUGGUCGAUGCACGCCUUGUCGGAGCUGGUGUUUUUGGGUCUCUACCAGUGGCAGGUCAUGUUUCCCGAUAUGGAUGUACGGCACCUUCAGGCCGUACAUUUGGUAUUUCUUGCGUUCAUUGCGGGCAACCUUGUGGACGUAGCUCAGUUUGUCCACUUCCGAUACGGAUCCCUGGCGCGGAUACGCAGGUUUAUGGCAGAUCCUUGGAACGCGCUCGGCAUUGUGGUUAAUGGCGGCCUCGCAGUCCUCACAGUGCUCAAGCUGACGCAGGAUUUCGGCGGGCUGCCGCCGUACAAGCCCGCCGACGCCAUCCACAUGUGCAUGGCCACACUGGCUGUGUUUGUGUGGGUUCGUGCACUGGGUAUUGCCGUACCCGUAUACCCCUCUCUGGGCCCAUUGCUCAACACGGUGGCACGGAUGAUGGAGGAGCUGAUCGCCUUCCUGUUCCCCAUGCUGAUUGUGAUGACGGGAUUCAGUACCAUGAUGACGGCCGUCUACAAAGACAUGAUUGGCGAGUACGGCAACUUCUUUCAGUCGAUGUUGCAGCUGUUCAGCUCCAUUCUGGGAAAUUUUGAUUUUACGGCGUUUGAGGGGCUGAACCGCACGCAGCAGCUGUAUGGCAUUGUCGUACUGGCCAUCUUUCUGGUUAUCUCGGCCAUCCUACUGAUGAACCUGCUGAUCGCCAUCAUCAACAAUCGCUAUCGACCGGAGGAGGUGGAGGCGGAGACGCAGUUCAAAAAGGCCCAGAUCGUGAGCUACUACCAAACACAGGUUCGCCGCAACCUGGUGUGCUCUCCCUUCUGUCUGACGCAGCUGGCGCUGCAGGCGGCUCCGCUGCUGCCCAGCGGCCGCCGCAACAAGCUCAGCGGCGCGGCUCGCGGCGUGUGGGUGCUGGGGCUGGUGCCGCUGGACGGCAUGGUACUGCCGGAUGACGGCUCGGACCGCCCCACUGGCGCCGCGGAGCUCCCCCACCUGGCGUUUCUCCUGACGUUGUACCCCAUGAUGGCGGUCCUGUGCAUCUCGCUGUUUCUGCUGUACACUCCUUUUGGGGUGGUGCAGUUCGCGAGCAAGAUGUACAGCAAGUCCAUCAAGCAGUACAAAAGGCGGAUGGAGCAGCACAGCAGGAGGGCGGCGCCCCAGGCGACUAGCAAGGCCCAGCUCAAUGUGGUCCAGCAAAAAGGCGCUGGCCGAACAACAACAACAAAAACAACAACAACAACGACAACAACAAUAACGCAAGUCGGGACCGCGGCGGAGCCGUCGCCGUCACCGCCGUCGCCGCUGCGGCCACCUCCGCAGCCGGCUACGCCAGCGGCGGCGCCUGCAACCGCAGCGGAUGUGGAGACCGGCGCCACCGCCGCCGCCGCCGCUGCUGCGCCAUCACCGGGUGUAGUAGUGGCCCGCAGCCCAAGCAGCGGUAACGACGUCGUGAAGCAGUACCAGAGGCUGAAGAAGGAGCUUCAGGCGGAGGCUAACGCCGCCGAAACGGGCCUGAUUCACUUUGCAGGGUACCUCCUUGCGUCAGUCUUCCUCACAGUGGUGGGUCUGGUGUUUUACUUGGUGGUGAUGGUGCUGCUGGUACUUGUGGGCUGGGCUUCGUUGUAUCAAUGGGUGGCGAAGGUGCUGUUCAGCUGCUAUAAUGUGGGUGUACGGCCUUUCGUGGAUAUGGCGCGGGCGCGGCGGCGACGACGGCGGGUUAGCCCGGCGGCGGCGGCGGCGGCGGCGUUGCACGUCGCCAGCGGCAUCGGUGCGGAGGCGGCGACCGCGGGUGGCGGUAGAGGCGCGGUGUCUGUGCCGGCGGGUUGUGGUACUGGCGCGCUCUUUGGCGGCGGCGGCGGCGGCGGCGGUGGACGCAGUCAGAAGGAUAGCGGCGCCGCAGCCGCAGACGCCCGCGCUGACGACGUCGGCGGCGGCGUAGGCGGCGCAGGUGACGUGUCCGAACAGCUGUACUACAAGCAGAGUAAGGCCCGCCUGCACUGGCGGCAUGCCAUCCUGAAGGUCAUCGCAUUGAAGAACGAACGCUACCUCACGAAGCGGGACGUGCUCAAGGCGCUGGCUGCCAGCAAAUUCCGGUUACACAUGGCGGGGUGGGAUCUGCGCGUGGACCCCCGCAGCUCCUCCCAGGACAUCAUCGAGUCCCAGAUGCAGGACCUGGAGGAUGAUGAUGACCCGUGGGACGAUGACGAGCUGCAACAGGAUGCGGAUGAUGAUACACUGGAGUCGACUAUCUUGGAGAAGACGGAGGCCCUGACCCACAUGGUCAAGGGAGGGCUAUCUGCGCAACAAGCCGCCAUGGAAUCUCUCAUGCAGCUUGUACGGGAGCUGUCAGAGGAGGUGGCGGCGCUGCGGGCGGCGCCGGGCGUCACCGCUGCCACUGAAGGCACCGAUGGCUUUGGUGCGGCGGCGGCGGCGGCGUUGCUGUCGCCGCCGCGUCCCGCACCGCCGCCGGCAACGCGACCGCCCAGCGCCUGGGGGCUUGGUGCGGAGCUCGCGGUGACGGAGGGCUCAGAUGUCGAUGAUGCGGUGUUGCUUGGAUCGGGUGUACGGCAGGAGCCGGAGCUGCCGCGGCCGUUGUCGAGUAGUCGCAGUGGGGACGGGGACAGCUAUGGCGGAAGGGAGGUCACGUCGCGGCGGCGCGAUACGGGCAACGCCGGCGGUCGCGUUGGCAGUGGCGGCAUCGGUUCCUCGCCGCCACCGCGGCCGCCGUUGCCCGCCACCGCCGGACGCUCCGUCGCAGCGACGCCUCCGGGCGCCUCACGCGCUCCCGGCAGCAGCAGCUCGCCAGCAGCAUCGACCCACGGGUCGGAGCGCCGUUCCUCCAGCGCUAGCGGGGGGCCGCCACGCGGUCUAGACCCGCAGAUGCCGUUGGAGCGACUGCUCGAUUCAUCUGGCGGUCCGGAUGCGUUACUCGCAGCCAUUGGUACGGAGCGGGAGCGGGCCGAUGCCGCCGCCGCCGGCGACACGUCCGCCGCCAAGCCGAACUUCAGUCGAACUGUCCUCGAGCCCCUUCGUCCAACAGGCCAUCCUGUGCAGCCUGUGGAGCCGCCAGUUGUGGAAGGAAGCCCUGCCGCAAGGGAAGCUGCGCCGGCAGCGGCGCCUAAGGCGGCAGCGGCGGCGGCGCCGCCACCAACGACACCGUCAAAGCAACACCAAGGCGCCAGCUGA